AUGCUUUGUCCAUCAACAAAGCGAUGCCAAACUGGGUUCACCAGGAAGGGUUAUCGUUGUGUUUGCGCAAAUGGACUACUGGGAGAAAACUGCACCGAAGGUAUGAUUGAUUUUAGAUCACACAUGUACUUACAGGUAUCCGUGCCUGAAAUAACAUAAACAAUUGAACUUCUGGGGUGCAUUAGCGUUAUCAUUGACAAUAAUCAUGCACGUUUCUCUGAGAAGUCGUAAGUUUGGAUGAUCCUUGAAUUUAAAUAAAUGAGAAAUUUUUAAGAUAUAAGGUAUAUUUUUAACGAUUUUUAAUGAAGUCUUAAAUGGCUUUUGUGGUCUUAAAUCGCUGGUAUGGACAUAAAAUUCCUGUAGAAGACCUCUUAUUUCCCCUUGCCUAUAGUGAUCGACUGGUCUAACGUAAAAUGGAACUGACUGCAUAAAAUUCUUCGCUCUAGGACGACGGUUGCUAUCAGAUCUCGAAUAAAAUAGAGGAUAGUCUUGAUCGAUACACUAAUGACACUAUUUACGUUAUUCCCAUGGAAUUCCAGUUAGCUCUAAAGUGGAGUUUUGCUCUGUCGUGUGGUCCCAUAACAAGCAAAAAAUAUAAUGAAGUUGGAACGAAUACAGCGUUGAGCAGCUAAAUUUAUUUCAGCUAAAUUUAUUUAAUCUAAAUUUAAAACCACUGAUGAAUACCAGCUAAGAGAAAAGCUCAACUUGCAAUCCUUAGAACAAAGGAGGUAUUUGUUUGAUGUUUUAUUCCUUUACAAAGCUUUAAAUGGCCAUAUAAACAUUAACUUAUCCAGUUAUGUCCAGUUUUUCAUAGAAUCCGAAUACAUGCUACGAAGAAAAAGAUGACUGUAUACUUAAGAAGAACUAUGGAAGAACUAAUACUUUUAAAUAUAGCUUCUUUAACAGGAUUGUAGACAUGUGGAAUUCCCUGCUAUACUUAGUUCGUCAGGCACCUUGUAUUGAUAUUUCUUAAGAGGAGUGCCAGGGAUAUUCUGAUCAGGCGCCAGUGAAUUUUGCCAAAUAUUAUGUUUUAUUGUAAUCCUAUGUAUUAUCAUAAUUAUAUAUUAUUUAUUUAAUUAUAUUUGGAUUGGUGUUUCUAUCGUAGUGUAAUUAUAUGCUUUCCAUUGUAGUGUAAUUAUAGAUAUUAGAAGGGUGGUCUAUCUUGUAUGGGGUCUCUGACCCUUUUAUAGACAUUCCCUGGCACCAUACUCAUCGAUAGUUUUCCUACAUAUUGUUAUACUUUAAGUUUUCUCUGCCAAACUGCAAUAAAUGGCUUAUUAUCAUUUUGGUGUUCUAGGACCGCCUUUGGGGCAAGUUGUUCCCGACAUAAUUGAAACUGUAGAGGGUAGGAACAUUACUGCAAUGUGUAACGUGACAGGUAAUCCUAAACCAGACAGGACCAUAUGGAAAAGGUCUGAUGGAAUUCUUUCCAGCGCAAGGACCAUGGUUAGUAAAGGAAAUCUCACCAAACUAAAUACCACUACACAAGACAACGGCUUUUACGUUUGUACCGCAGCAAACCCCUGGGGUACGAAAUCACCGUCAGUUAUCCUUCAUGUCUAUUGA